ACCAACUGCAAGGAAAACCAGGGUCGGAUUAUGAACUGACACAAUGCUGAGGGAGAGCCAAGAAGCGGCGUCGACUAUCUAAUAUGUGGCAUCCUAUUGCAGCUGAUUUUUGGGCCAGUAUGCCGGCAUUUUUUUCAAAUGAGCAUCAAUGUGACGUGAGGUUUUUUUCGAAUUAUACCCCAAAGAAAGCUCAGCUGCAGCCGCUAUGUUGCUGAUUGCAUCCAGCAAUGCAAGGUAACAAAACUGACUCGGCAUCUGGCUUUGCAUUUGUUGCUUACUGUUAUUUUUUAUUCUCUUCCAUCCAUUUGACGCUGCGUGAGGCUGAGCGAUGUGUCGGUGGGGUUUGACUGUGUGAAUUCGCCACAUCAGAAGAGCAAGUUGAACAUUUCGCCUGUCCAGGCUCCUCGCGUCGGCAAUGUAAAAUUCGCGCAAAUAAGCCAUUUUUGCUCUUGCCGAUACACCUUGCGACAAAUAUGCCUUAUUUCGACGCGAGGUGUGAGGAUGCCUGUGGCUGUGAUUGUGUCAUUGCUGCGGCACGCUCCGGGGCUCCACGGCUCAACACAGACAGAACUAACCUCAGCUGAAGAGAAGACAGCAAGCUGGCAAGUGCUUUACAACCCAACAUAAGCCAUAUGAGCCUGUGCAUGUAUGUGGGAAAAGGCCAACCAACCGGCUUGACUCUCUCAAGGGAGGAAUCUAUUGCAGUGGGGGCUCAGGGGCUUCCCAGGCACUGCCACAUCCCAAAAUCCAUCUGAGGACUGCUGUGAGCCUACAAGCUCCCUGAUGAUUUUUGGAGGGCAGCUCUAACGCAUCUUUGUGAGUGUGAAAACUCAAAAGAGGCUUUUGCCAGGGUUGCAUCACCGGAGCAGACGGACCAGACGGUGACUCUGUGUGUGUCAAGUUAGAGCCUGGAUCCUUGCCUGGUACCUCCAACUCCUGGCCAAAAUCACUGCCCUGCCCUGUUUGAGCCCCUUUUGUCUGAACAUCAGCGCUUGACCACAACAGCUCAAACAGUGUAGCCGCAGCUCCAAAGCGGCACCAGCACGAGCAGCGGCGAUUUGCAGACAUUAUUGUCAGUGUCAGUUCCUGAGGAGACACCUGAAAACAAAGGGCGGGAGGGGGGGUCAGGAUGCAGGUGUCCUUCGCCUGCACCGAGCACAAUCUGAAGAGUCGCAGCGAGGACCGACUCUGUGGCCUUCGCACCGCUCCACCUCCUGGAGGGAGCAGCGGUGGGGUGGGGGGAGGAGGAGGGGGAGGUGGUGGAGGAGGUGGAGGUGGUGGUGGAGGAGGAGGAGGCGGAGGAGGAGGAGGCAGCGGACAGGGGAGCAAUGGCAACUACAUCUCCCAGAGCUCUACCAAAACCAGGGAGGUGCCCGGGUCCCGCCCCACUCCGCAGGGCCAUGCCCACAUGAAGGAGGCCAUCGGGCGCCACAGCAGUAUGAAAUACAGGAACCUGGGGAAGUCAGGCCUGCGUGUUUCCUGCUUGGGUUUAGGGACCUGGGUGACAUUUGGAUCACAGAUCUCUGACGAGAUGGCUGAGAACCUGAUGACCAUAGCUUAUGAGAACGGAGUGAACCUGUUUGACACGGCAGAGGUGUACGCCUCCGGCAGAGCGGAAAUCACCCUAGGGAACAUUAUCAAGAAAAAAGGAUGGAGACGUUCAAGUUAUGUUGUCACAACUAAAAUCUACUGGGGAGGCCAAGCAGAGACGGAGAGAGGGCUCUCCAGAAAGCACAUCAUUGAAGGUUUGAGAGGAUCCCUGUCAAGACUCCAGCUAGACUAUGUGGACAUCGUUUUUGCCAACAGAAAUGAUGUCAACAGUCCCAUGGAAGAGAUUGUACGGGCCAUGACAUUUGUAAUAAACCAGGGUAUGGCCAUGUACUGGGGAACCUCACGCUGGAGUGCCAUGGAAAUCAUGGAGGCAUACUCAGUGGCACGCCAGUUCAACCUGAUCCCGCCUGUGUGUGAACAGGCUGAGUACCACUACUUCCAGAGGGAUAAGGUCGAGGUGCAGCUUCCUGAGCUCUACCACAAGAUAGGUGUCGGAGCAAUGACCUGGUCUCCUCUUGCUUGCGGACUGAUCACAGGGAAGUACAGUGACGGUGUACCUGAUUGUUCCAGAGCAGCCAUGAAGGGGUACCAGUGGCUGAAGGAGCGAGUGAACAGUGAGGAGGGCCGCAGGCAGCUCGCUAAAAUCAAGGAGCUCCAUCUACUGGCAGAUAGAUUGGGCUGCACCGCCGCGCAGCUAGCCAUAGCCUGGUGUCUGCGCAGCGAGGGAGUCAGCUCAGUACUGCUGGGUGUUUCGAAUGCUGACCAACUCUUAGAGAACCUGGGUGCACUCCGGAUUCUGUCCCAGAUGACCCCUCAGACCAUUACUGAGAUUGACGCCCUGCUGGGAAAUAAGCCACACUCCAAGAAAGAGUCACGCGCCUGAAGAUGCAAAUCAGAGUGACAGAUGAUGUUUUUCGAGAAGACGGAGAAGACAAUGACAUUUGGAAACAUCGCUUUUUGCUCUGCUGUAUACUCAACAACUUGCAUGUCCUCAGCAACAUUAUGCUUCCAAUAUGUGCGCAUAUCCAUUUUGCGCAUUACAUCGUAUCAUGUAUGAAAAAAAAAAGAAAAUCUCUCAAUGUGCAAAAGCAAACAAAAAAAAAGCAAACAAGAUUAGGUCAUAUAUUGCUCAUUGCUGAUUCUUCACAGACUAAACAUUUCCACGGAGGGGGAGGCCAAUGCAUGGAGUGUCAGGUCUCUGCCAUCCACACAGAUGGAGACGGAGAGGGUGACAGAUGUUGUAGUGGAACACACAAGUCAGCUGUUGUCAAAGCAAAUUGGACCCUUGCUUAUCAACUUUGCCUAGGUGAAGGCGAUGUGCUAAAGAGGAGCAAGACCUCCUCUGCGCUGUAAUGCAACUUCACUAACUGUGUGAACGGUGCUCUCAUCGGACAUCCGAGUCUCCCCCCUCCCUCCCCCUCGCAGCUGCCUGUUAUUCCGUAUGUCGUUUAGCACCCAGCAGCCAGACAGCCAAAGGUUAGCACGUAUUUGUCUAGCCUGACAUUCCCAUAGUGUGCAUGUGACUGGCCACGCUCACUGCUGUACAGGGUUGGGGGAAACAAUGGAUUACAUAUAGCGUGAUUCCAGUAAUGUGAUUAUUAUUAAAAAAAAAAAAAAAAAAAAGAAGAAGAAGCUAAUCUGGUAUUGCUGCAAAAAAAAAAAAAAAAAUCAGAUCACAGAUAAAAAAAAGACAAACAGAUGAUUGUUGCAUUACUUGAAAACAUGUUUGAAGAGAAAAUACAUUUAGAUUAUGAGUUUACACCCACUAACGUUAUGUUACACAUUGGAAUAAUGGUUGACUCUAGCUGUAAAUCGAUUACAAUAGCACUCUUCAAACUACAGUUUUUAAAUUUGAACAAAUUGUUAAUUUAACUGGAUAUUCGGUGGAUUUGGAAUGAAAAAAUAUUCCGAAAAGCAACUAAAAACGAUCAAACUGUGUCUUUAAUUUUGAGUAUUCCGGUGGAUUAUGUCCCUCAUUGCAAUUUGAAGUCAGUAAUCAGUGGAUUACAUUUUGAGAGUAACUUUCCCAUCCUUGCUGCUUUAUCAGCAGUGUCUUUUUGCCUCCUCUGUGUGUAAACUGUGCGCAUGUCCCUUUAAGAGAGAAUAGCCCUCACAGGGUGUAAAUGUGGCAUGGCUUUAUGGCUUAUGUAGAUUUGCAGUGCCCAUGUAAGCCUUUUUUUUUUUUUUUAACUCUAAAUGGGAGGUAGUUUGAUCUGGGAUCAGUACUGGUGGGCACUCGUGCUUUAAAGACUCUCAGCAGUCUGCAGACAGGGUUGUGUGUCCAUGUGAUAUUUAAUCUUUGUUUUGUCCUCCACUGUAUCAAACCAUGUCGACUUCACACACAAUGGUGCCAUUCUUUUGAAGAGCACCGUUGUUCUUAAAUCAAAGAUUUGAGGCGGUCGGCCUUUAUGGAAAGGUCACCUUGCGGCUGGCACAAAGAGUUGGACACACUGUGGUGAACUAGUAGUUUUCAAAUGACAACAUGUAAAUGAUUAAGUUUGAGUUCAUCAAGUGUGAUGAUAUGACUUUUGCCAGAGGUCACUAGGGGUGAGAUUUAGCAAGUCUAUGUUUUUUUUUUUUUUUUUUUUUUUUUUUUUAGCAGAUCGUGUUUGGAAUUUUAUUUGGGAAGCCUAAAAAUAUAGCAUCACCCGACAGUAAUUUUCUCUCUCUCCAUGUUAUAAUUUGUCUCCUCGUUUCCCUCGCUCAUCCACCACUAAUUCUAUACUGUGCAUUUAAUGUCCUUUUCCUUGUGUAGUUGUUAAUUAUUUCAAUUCUUUGUACUACGGGGGUAUGAACAAGAUUUGUUCCUUUGUUAUUUCCCAUGAAAACAAUAGUGGUCUCUAGGGUGCAUUUUGAUAAAUUAAGUUGUUUAUGUUGGAAUAUACAUUGUAAAUAGGCUUAUAUGUCUGGCACUGAGGCUAUGAAAAUGGUUGGAUUUAUGAAAAAUGAAAGAGAAUUCUUUGGCGGAGCUGAAACAUUCGCUCCCCUCUGUGACUCUGUGACAAUGUACAGUUCUAUUGAGCAUAGCUUCCAAUGUACAUAGAUACUUCAAUCAAACCUUGAAAAUGUAACUUUGCCUGCAUAACUUAUAUUUUACUGUCUUGCAACAAAGAGAAACCAAAAGAGAGAAGAGACACCUUAUACUGAAUGUAUCAUGUCUGUCGCUCAACCGAUCUCACCUACGGGGAGGAAAGCACAUGAGAUGUUUUUCGACAAUUUCUGUUGGUGUGUGAACCUGUUGUCCAGAGAGCUGUAGAGCUGUCAAGCAACCAUUAAAUUGGGAUUCAAACUCG